GGCGUCUGUUCGCUUGAGUCGUAAGCGCCAAUUUCAAAAUUGCCAACAUGUCAGGCAGCGGAGUGGAAACUGCAGCCCAGAGCCCAUUGCUUUCUUCCAGUUUCUGUUUCAGCCCACGGCCAUGCAGCAAGGGCUGGUCGACGGCCAUGUGGAAUGGUCUCCCUGAACCACUUCUGGCUGCUACUGGAUGCUCGACCCCAGAGCCUUGGCUCCUCCCUGGCUGCAGUUAUGUCUAUGACAGCCUGGUCAGUAACGCUUCUCCGACCCUGAUGUCUCCAGGAAGGAUAGGUCCGCGAGGAGGAGAGCGAGCUGCAAUCAACAAACCACACAGGCAGUCAAUCUUGGAGCGUUGCAUCCUCAAAGUGUCCACUCGCAGCAUCGCAGUAGGAACAGAUGAUGUGGAGAAGAGCUUCAUGUUUGCUUUCACCAGACCUCUGAGUCGCUGCUACCCUCGCAUCCCAGACUCGAGCAACACCGAAACCAACGCUGCACUUCUUAAGCGCAGAAAGAAACAGAUCCUGUAUGGCAAGAACACCAUCGGCUACCAGAACUACCUGCAGCAAGUACCAAAACACCUGAGAGACCCCACGGUCCACCCUUCCACCCCCAACAAGGACAGUAAGUACAGCAGGCGCUCCUGGGACAUGCAAGUGCGUCUAUGGAGACGAGCGCUGCACCAGUGGGACCCGUGCAGCGACCCACUGCAGGAGACCACCGAUGCGCAUGACCCGGUGGAGCAACUGCAGAACCAGUUGGCAACGAUGACCUCUGAUUUGUGGGACGAUGGAGAAAAACGGAGAGAGAAUGAGACCCUAGCGGCCUCCUCUGUGUCUCCCCUGUCGGCCGAGAUGUCUCCAGAGCUGCGCAGCACCUGGAGUGUUAUGCUAUCAUCGGAACCCAUAAGGAACCGCCGACCUCCUCGCUCUCCCCCUGGCCUCAACUGCUCCUUCAGGAUUCAACUGGCCAAUGACAAUGUGAACGACUGGCUCCGCCUCCAGCUGGACGCUGACCAUGCAGAAGAUUUAUCUGUCGAUGACCAGCAGGUUCCAAUUGUUUCGGACCAGUUCUUAUGGAAUCCCUAUUGAUAAUCCAUCGCUGUGGUGUAGUCACAAUGCAUGGGUUGUCUGGAAUUGAAUCUGUGUAUGUUUCCAGUAUUUUGUCUUUUUAAGAACAUUGAGGAUUUAAAAAUAAAAGGGGGGUGGAUGUGAUCUUUGUCCUGGGCGGGCAGGGAGGAGAGAUGAGAUUUCCCAGCUGCUCUUGCAGGCAUCCUAGUGUUCAACAGACGGAGGUUGCCUUGAUGCACUGACCUGAGCAUGUUUCUAUCAUUUGCACUCUUAAUUCACUGCACGUUUUUCCAGAACUGAGUAAAAUUAAUAAAGAUGUAAGUGUUGAAA